CGUGACGGAGCUCAGUAAGUUCGCGAACAUCGCGUGCAAUCCUACCUAAUCUCGCAGAUUCGCAAGCGUGGGAGAGCGUAGAACGCAGCGUCGCACCGAUCGUAGGUGAUCCAACGGAUUCAAGUCGGCACGUGUAGAGAAUCGUCGACAAGCUGUUGCAGACGGAAACUGUUGCGACCGGCAUUGCGAUUAAACCAGAACCGGGACAAUUUGCGAAAUUAAUUCGCAACAGCGAAAGGAUGGAGGCGUAGCCGAAAAAGAUAAUUACAGGGAUUAGAAAUAUGUGCAACAUUUCGUGCAGUAGACGUUCCUUUAGCGCAUGUGCGAAAGGCUUAAAGAUUACACGUUACAACGCACGACCAUGGAUGGCCCAAAGACUGCAAUCCAAUCCUUCUACAAAGACAAAAUCAUCUUCAUUACCGGCGCUACCGGUUUCAUGGGGAAAGUACUUUUGGAGAAGUUGCUGUACAGUUGCUCCGACCUCGACAAAGUCUACAUCCUCAUGCGACCCAAGAGAGGUCGCAGUAUCGAACUCCGGCUCGACGACAUGUUCAAGUUGCCCAUGUUCCACAGAAUACGUCAAGAGAAAGGUUACGUUUUGAAGAAAGUGCUGCCGCUGGACGGUGAUAUAACUACACACAAUUUGGGCCUUGCUGAUGAACAGCGGGAGACAUUGACGAAUGAGGUGCACAUAGUAUUUCAUCUGGCCGCGACUCUUCGAAUGGAGGCGAAACUGAAAGACUCUGUCGAGUUGAAUACGAUCGGCACGAAAAGGGUACUGGAACUGGCUCAGCAGAUGAAACACCUGCAGGUGUUGGUGCAUCUAAGCACAGCUUUCUGUCACGUCGACCAGGAGGAACUUGGGGAGACGGUCUACGACGCUUCGCAUGACCCCGACGACAUCAUAAAACUCGUUCAAUGGAUGGACGAAAGCGCCAUCGACUUGGUCACGCCUAAAUUAUUGGAACCGCAUCCGAAUACUUACACCUACACGAAGCGUUUGGCCGAAACGCUGGUGGCCAGGGAAUAUCAAAAUCUACCUUGCGUCAUCGCCAGGCCGUCAAUAGUAACUCCUGCCGUCAAGGAGCCAGUGCCGGGAUGGGUCGACAAUUUGAAUGGUCCCACUGGGAUACUCGUCGCUGGAGGCAAGGGUGUCCUCAGAACGAUGCUUUGUGACACCCAGUAUCACGCUGAAGUUAUUCCGGUUGACUUCGCAAUUAAUUCUCUAAUCGGUAUCGCCCAUAAAGUGGCUACCCAACAGAAGCAGAAAAGUAUACCUGUGUACAAUAUAACGCAGAGCGGCGUCGUACCGGUCACAUGGGGUGAUAUAUUGGAAAUGGGUAGAAACACCGUUUACCAGUAUCCUUUCGAAGGACAAGCUUGGUACCCGGGUGGCAGUCCGCAUACUAACAAGUUUGUGCAUUAUAUCUUGCUCUUCUUCUUCCACAUCAUCCCCGCGUAUCUGAUCGACUUUCUGAUGUUGAUAUUUCGGCAAAAAAGAUUUAUGGUCAGAAUCCAGAAGCGAAUCUCAGACGGCAUGCAGAUAUUGCAGUAUUUCACCAUGAGGGAUUGGAUAUUUCACAAUACCAAACUAUUGAUUAUGCGUGGCGAAAUGUCGCCGGAGGAUCAGAAAAUAUUCUCAAUCGAUUUUAAGGGAGUGAACUUAAAUGAGUAUAUGAAGGUUCUUGUUCUCGGGACUCGGCAGUACUGCAUGAAAGAGAGUUUAUCUAGUCUGUCAAAAGCUCGUCGGCAUCAGGCAAUAAUGUACGUUGUCCACCAUCUCGCGAUAUUCCUUUUCUACUUCGGCAUAUUGUACCUCAUUUACAACAACUUGGAGAUAGCAAGGUACAGCCUGGACUUCGCUACUCAGCAGAUGAAGUCGCUGCCAAUCGUAGGCGGCGUCGUGAAGAACAUUCAUCUCUGAUACUUUACCGACUUUACAUAUCUUGCAUUCCCACAUAAAACAAUGUAGUGCACUUUUUGUGCUGCAAUAAGCGUAUCUACGAGAAGUGUUUUCGAAAACUAAAAAGAAUUCAGAUGUUACCAACCUAAACGUUUAUAUUUGCAUUUUUGUGCUUUGUAAUAACAGACUAGAUUAUGUAGAA